AUGAAGUCCCCGAGCCGGAUGACGCGGCAAUCGCUCGCGCGCCGAGUCGAAAUGUCCCUCGAAUGCCAAUUCCGGUCCGCCUACACCUCCUCUACAACCGCCACGAACAGCAUCCUACGCACCCGAGCUCAAGCUUCAACUCCCAGAACAUUCACACCCUCCCGCCGCCCCUUCACACAAACCCCCCACCGCUUCCGCAACGCCGCCGACGACCCAAACUUCACCUCCAUCCUCGACAACCCGCCGGAGCUUGUGCGCUCGGGCCGGCGGCGCCACGGGCCAGGCCUCAUAAUCCUCGCCCUGAUCCCAGCGACGGCGCUCGUGCUGGGCACAUGGCAAGUGCAGCGUCUGGGCUGGAAGACGGACCUCAUCGCGCGCUUCGAGGACCGCCUGAUCCAGCCGCCGCUGCCGCUGCCGCCUCGCGUCGACCCGGCCGCGAUCCACGAGUUCGACUUCCGGCGCGUCGUGGCGAGGGGCCGGUUCCGUCAUGAUCGGGAGAUGCUGGUUGGGCCGCGCAUGCGCGACGGCGAGGACGGGUUCAUGGUCGUGACGCCGCUGGAGCGCGAGGCGGAUGAUCAGGGGAGGGGCACGACGACGGUGUUGGUGAACAGGGGGUGGAUCAGCAGGAAGUUGCGGCGGCAGCAGGACCGUUGCGAGGGAUUGCCGCAGGGGGAGGUUGUGGUGGAGGGGCUGUUGCGGGAGCCGUGGAAGAAGAACAUGUUCACGCCCGACAAUCGGCCGGAUAUCAACGAAUUCUACUUUCCUGAUGUCAAGGAGAUGGCUGCGUUGGGGGGCAGCCAGGCCGUGUGGGUUGAGCAGACCAUGGAGCCCGACUUGAUGCAGGCUAUGGAGUACACAGCCAAGGGCGUCCCUAUUGGAAGACCAGCUGAGGUCAACCUGCGGAAUAACCAUGCCCAGUACAUCUUCACAUGGUAUGGUCUUGCAGCGGCAACGUCGAUAAUGUUCUACAUGGUGGUCAAGAAGCCGCCUACCGAUAUCUCGCGUCGCGUGCGCCUGAACAAGAAUUGGUAA